AAAAAUACGGCUCGGCCACUUCUGGGGCUUUUGCAUUUAGCCACUUUUGUUGCACUUGCCGCGGGAGCCAUCUCGGGAGCGUACUUGUUUGCAGGGGUUGGUUCUCGGCGGCAGCCGCGAGGUUACUUGGUCCAGUGGGCAGGUCACAGGGCAAGGAGUAGGGAAGAUGCGAUGCAUUUUUUUGGAGGGUGAUUUGUGUUUGGAAACAUUUUGGCGGACCAGAGGGAAGUCCGGCCGCAACUGCUGGUGGACUGUGGAAUUCUGCCGUGUCCCGAGGCCACCCCCGAGACCCCACGCCGUGUCAGUCCCGGAGCGCGUCUCGGUGGCCGCCGCGCCGUGCGACUGGAGGGAUGCUAACGUGGAGCAAGCGCCGUGUCCGCCCCGGCGUGCGUGCGUGUGUGGGAGCGCGCGUGAGUUUCCCUGACACGGGGAACAGUUAUGAAUCGGGGGUGUGUGUUUGCCUCCAGAGACCUGGCAAGGUGCGGAACCCUCCAGAAGUGCGGUCAAGCGGCAGCGGCGGCGGCGGCGGUGGCAGCGGAGACGGAGAGACAGGAACACUCCCCCCCUGCGUCCCCAGCUUCCCAGCGAUGCGGCGGAACCCCCGGAGAAAGUUUGCAAACUUCCAGCGGGCGCGGCGAGGAUGCCGGGUCACCUAGCGGGCGGGCGGGCGAGCGCGCAGGGGGCUCGCCCUCUCCCGGGGUGCCGAGCCUGCCGGUGCCACCUCCCCCGCAGGACUGGCCGCCGCGGCUGGCGGGCGCGCGCGCCUGGGGAGGAGAGGUCGCCCUCGGGGGGCACCUGGCUUUCGCUCCAGGCGCUCCGGGCUGGAGAGUCGCGAGGCUCUUUCCGCUCGCGUUCCCUUCUCCAGCCGCCUCCUGCCUCGGUUCCUUUCUCUCUGGCAUCAUUACCUCUUCCCCGCCGCUGCCCCAAGUGACAGCUCGGGCUCGAGCCGCAGCGCCACCCGGGCACUUCCCAGGACCCAGCGGUGGAGCCUUCCUCUGCGGCAGAUUCUCGACAGAAGCGUUUAAACUUUUCACGAAGUUCUUAGAGGGGCAAGACGCAAAGGAGCCAAGGAGAUGUUUUCUCCCUGCGGCUGCAUCCCGCUUCUUCUUUGCCGUAGAUUUAUUUCCAGGGGGUGUCUAGCAAAUAAAGCCCUCCUUGUCCACCCCCGCCAACUUUCCCUGAACGGGUGACAACCCCACUUGAUGCUUGUUCAAGGCCGGGAACUGGAGUGGGCUGCUUGCAUAUGUCCUUGUCAGAGUCUGCAGAGUGUGUUUGAUUUUUAUUUUUCCCUCCUUCUCUGACAUGUGUCAAGGAAUAAAAGCUGGAUACAGGUCCAUUACGUCA